AUGGCUCAACCAAAUCGACCUCCGGAACAAGCACCAUUGGAAUUUCCCUAUAUUGGUGAUGUCAGUCAGUAUGAACGGAUCGAUAAAAUCGGUCAAGGAACUUUUGGAGAAGUAUUCAAAGCUCGUUGUAAACAAACGAAUGAAUUCGUGGCAAUGAAAUUGAUAUUGAUGGAUCAAGAGAAAGAAGGCUUUCCAAUAACAGCAUUACGUGAAAUAAAAAUCUUGCAAGAAUUACGACAUGAUAAUAUCGUGCGUCUUAUUGAAGUUUGUCGAUCAGCAAUGGAUCGAUCAUUACGAAGUAAAUUUUAUUUUAUCUUUGAAUUCUGUGAUCAUGAUCUGGCCGGUAUUUUACGCAAUGCAAAUGUGAAAUUCAGUCUCGGACACAUUAAAUCAAUUAUGCAACAAUUAUUAGAUGGUCUAUAUUUUAUCCAUAAAAAUCAUAUUAUUCAUCGUGAUAUCAAAUCAGCAAAUAUUCUUAUUACACGUAACGGUGUACUGAAAUUAGCUGAUUUUGGCUUAGCAAAAGUAAUCACACCACCCAAACCUAAUCAUCAGAACCGAUAUACUUGUCGAGUAGUCACUUUAUGGUACCGUCCACCAGAAUUACUGUUAGGUGAACGUGAUUACGGUCCAGCUAUUGAUAUGUGGGGGGUUGGAUGCAUUUUUGCUGAAAUGUGGAUUCGUUCCCCUAUUAUGCAAGGCAAUAGUGAACAGCAUCAAUUGGAACUAAUCUCUCAUUUAUGUGGUAGCAUCGAGCCGAACAUCUGGCCGGGUGUGAAUAAAUUGCCGUUAUAUACGAAAUUGAAACUACCGCAGAACGAACGCCGCCGAGUCCUAGAACGAAUGAAACCAUAUAUUCAAGAACCAUUGGCACUAGAGUUAAUCGAUAAACUACUGACCUUAGAUCCAAAACAACGCAUCGAUGCUGAUAAUGCUGUCAAUUCAGAUUUCUUCUAUUCUGAACCGCCGCUAGCUGAUUUGAAACCACUUCUAUCAAAAUAUCCAUCGAUGUUUGAACUUAAAGAAGUCUCACGAAAUAACUACAACGCACAGGUUCAACAACAACAGCAACAACAACGUAUGAGACAACCUAGACCUAAUGGUCCGAAUUUACCUUCGGAACAAAUCUAUUAG